AUGCCGGAACAUCGGGGAAAGAUGAUUAAUUGGAAUCCCCUGAUCGUUGGGAAGAUCAUUAAGUAUGCACAAGGAAAUGAGGCUCAGAAAGAAUUUCUGGCGGACGUGGAGAACUUUGAUCCUGUCUCUGUGGAAGCUUAUGCAUUGAUAACUGAAUGGAUUUCCGUUACAACCGGCACUUUGUCCAGGAGCGAAAUGAUGAUUUUCAAUACAUCUGAAUUCUGGAGCGAAUUCGAAGAGAACUAUUUAUCAUGGGAUGCUCAUAUUCGCUCUCAAAUGCUGAAGGUCAUCAAAAUGAUUGCAAUAAUUGAUAUUGAUAUUGUCCUGGAAAAUUCACUCACUUCGGAUGAACUUAAUGUGGAGAUAUUUGAGAUCUUGGUCGAGGGUGAAGCAGCAAGGGUAUUCCCCGUUCAUUUGCCCAAAAUCAUGGAAUACAUGAGUUCAAGGAAGUUCCUGCAAAUGCUCCUUGAGAGCGAUGAUUGUAAAUUCCGCUUUAGAAUUCUUCGAAGCUUUGCUGCUCUCACUGAUCUUCUGCCACUGAACAAUCCCAUAAUUAUGAGACUCAUGGAUUUUAUGGAAUGUGGGUGCGAGGCAAAGAUCUUGGAAAUUUUGAUGUUUUUCAUGAAGAAAAUUCUCAUUUUGCCACCACCAAAACCCAUCCAGGAGAAUAUCUUUGAAGUUAUUAAAAUUGGAUGUGAAUCAGAUGAUCAAACGGUGAGGAAGAAUGCUUUUUUUGUUCUCCAGCACUUCCUGCAGGACUUUUUCUUCCCCGUAGACUCUGUCACAUGCUAUAUAGCCAUUGUGAAUGCCAUUGCCCAGAAUCAGAGUCAUUUGAUGUGCCCAGCAAUAAAUAUGCUGCCCAAAGUUGAAGGAAUGGAGCUAAAGUGGCAAAUUUUGCUCCUUCGAUGUAUCCUGAGGACACAAAAUAGGCAAAUUGUCUGCCCUACGCUCAAGUACAUCACAUCCAGGGAGGAUUUUCGUGAUAUUCUUCAAGAUAUCCUUUCACUUGCAUUUGCUGCACUCAAUCAAAUACAAAUCCACCGUGGAGGAGAAGAACGUGAUGCUGCUCAGAGAUUCUGCUUGAAAGCUUUUACAUUGAAUUGGAAAACGAGCAUUGAGCAUUUUGCAACAAUUUCAUGGCUUCCCUUCCCUCUCUAUUCAAUCCUUAUGUACAUUACGGAUGAUAUUGCUUCGUUUAGCUCAUUGAGCUGUGAAGUUGAAGAAAGAGAAGUUAUUUACCGCGCUUUCUCAAAUAUUUCAUCCAACAUCAACAAUCUUCAAACGGAUCAUUUUACGAAGAAGAGCAUCCUGAAAGUUCUUCUUCUCUUCCUAAGACGCAUAGAAAAAAAUAUUACAAAACUUCAAAAGGCAGUUAUUGUAAAGGCAAUUGUGGAAGUAACGACAGAUGAUGACAUACUGAACCUCUGCAGAGAAACCCUAAAUGAUGAUGGUUUAAUUGUAUUAAUCCCAGUAUUAGACACAACACAAGAUUUCGAUUGUGAUGUCCUUGCUCUCCUGAAGUCUAGCAAUGAAUUAGAUGAGAAAGACUUGCUGAAAUUUGCGAGAAAAUGCCCUAAAGAAGGACUAAAAAUUGAUGAAAAGAAAGCAAAAGAACUUUUAAGGGGAUUUCAAGAAUUUUCCAUCAAAGAGAAAUUAAUUCUUCUACUAAUUCUCAGAUCCUCGCAUUAUUUUCUUUUUGACGACGUAUUUACAAGUCAUUUCAUCAGAAACAAUUUUAAAUACACCCCAAAGCCGAGCGAUGUAUCUGAUGAAUUCCAUUCAUUCUACACGGAAAUUUUCUUUAAAGCGAUGUUCCACUUGUAUUGUUGGAAUUUCAACGCUUUCGCCGUAUCACAGAUUCUCGAAUACAUUUCCAACCGACUCGACUAUGAGCAGGAUUAUUCAAGGACUUUUUUUCUCUUCACAUUUCUCAAUAAUGUUACACCAACAGUGGAAGAGAAGAUAACAAUUGAACGAUUAAUUAAAACAUCUUACAGGGAGUUGAUGAGUUUGAAGGGAAAAUCACAAUUUGCCUCAGUUUGCGGAGUAUUCAUUGAAAAAUUCCCAAGUAAAUGGAUCAGCAUUGAGGAAACAAUGCGGAAACUCCUUGUGGAUACAUCCCUCAUUUCACAUCACAUCACCGAAGCUAUUGGGGAGAAACUCACAUACUUCAGCAAUGAGCUUCUUUGUGAAUUAUUGUGCGCAAGAGAAGGAGCUGAGGUGUCUUUCCUGCAGAAAAACUCCCCAUUGAGGGAACUUCAAUUUAAAAUUGUUAAUUAUAUUGUUAGAUGUAAGGAAUAUCAGGCUGUUCUUGACCUACUUGUGGAUAGAUAUGCCACCCUAUCACGUACAAAGGUGAUGUACUACCCAAAUUCUCAUCAUCAUCUUGCUAAAUUGCGUAUAAUUCAAGGAAUUGCAGCAAUUGCUAGAAAAAAUAAAGUCUGGCACAAAGAGUAUCUUGAAUUUCUCCUCAAUGAAGCCAAUCAGCCUAGUAUUCUCUACAUUCUGGAACUUCUUGUGGCCGAAACAAUUCCCAUGGAAGAGAUUGAAGAGCUCUUUCGUAAGCUGGAAGAUCCAAAAGAUCUCAAAAUGCACUCAAUUCAAUCAAUCUUCUGCAUCCUCUUCAUUCUGUGCAAGAGGAAGCAAUGCAGAGAUUUCAGCACGAAAACCUUCAGAGCUCUCCAUCCAUGGACAAUGGGUCAGAAUUUCUCAUGCCGCCUCUAUGCACAGAUUGCAAUGCAGAAAAUCUUUCCUUUCCUCGAGGAUGUGCAGGAACAUGAAAGGGAAAUGCAUCGUGUCGUUGAAUUCUCCUUUGAACACCUCAGUGGGAAUCCUGAGAAGAAUAUUGAACGACUCAUAAAGGAUUUUCGUUUCAAUUUCCUCAAUAUUGAUCACCUUCUCUGUGAUAAGUACAUUUUUCGUGAUAUUCCACGCAUUACGGGGGUGGCUGAGAGUGAGAUUGUACACGAAUGCAGCGAAGGUGAUGAAAGUCUUGCAAAUAUCACACAUCCGUGGCAUGAGAAGAACUCUCCUGGCGCACAGACUGCAGUGGAGAUGUAUGACAAUAUUCAAACUAAAAUCAUUCCACCUGAUGGCUUUGUUGGUGGUACGCAAGGUGAGGGGAAACAAUCGAAUUUGGUGGUUUGUGCAUCUCUCAUUGAGAACCACCCCAAUCUCGGUGGAUUGGCGAGAACCUGCGAGAUUUUUGGUGUGCAGAGAUUAACCCUCAAUUCCCUGCGGGACAUUGAGAAUUCGCAAUUUCUCGCACUCAGCAUGUCAGCGGAGAAAUGGCUAAUGCUGGAGGAGGUGAAGAAGUGGCAAAUUAUUGCGUACUGUACAGAAAUGAAGCGUCAAGGAUACACAAUUGUUGGUGCUGAGCAAACAGCCAAAAGCGUGGUGUUGUCGGAGGUUGCAUUCCCUGAGAAAACUCUUCUUGUUCUGGGACACGAAAAAGAAGGUCUUCCUGCGGAUAUAAUUUCCUUCCUGGAUAUUGCUGUGGAGAUACCCCAAUUAGGACGCCUUAGAUCCCUCAAUGUUCACGUAACUGGAUCAAUCUUUAUCUACCAAUACGCCAUGCAACAUCUUCUUCAGGGCAAGAAUUAAAAAAAAUCUCAUUUUUUUUCACCUUUAUACUCGUCAAACAAACAUAUUUUAUUCUUUUUCUUUUCUUACUACAAAAUACAAACAAUUUCGAAAUUUUUUCAUUAUAUAAGAGAUUAUAAAUUUUGAAAAUUUACAUUCAGGGAAGGAUUGAAAAAUAUUAUACAUUCAGAAUGUUUUCUUUAAUAAUUUCCUUUUCGCCUCUCUGAUAAAUUUUCCCCUUUUGCCAUGAUGGAAAAAAUGCCCAUUUAAAGAAAAAUUAAGAUAGAUUUUUUUUUGUCAUUAAAAAAUGAUUUUAUUGUGUCUUUUCAAGAAACUUCAAGAGAGAUCCUUUGUUUUAUUCCCCGAGGAAGCUGCCCCAAAAGAAAAUAAUAAAUUGUUUCUUCCAUUUCCAUCAUGGCACUAAAAGUUUGUAUAAAAUCGAAUGAUUAUUUAUUUUACGAAAAAUAUUUCACUGAGCUUUUCCCACCCAC